UUCCUGAUCGAUGUGAUUUUUGCGAAGAUUUUUUAAAUUACGCUGUGUUUGCUUCUUUAUUCCUCUACCAGGAUGUCGUGUUGGGAAGAGCUACAAACGAAUUCGUAGAUCAGAAACAAGGUUAACACAAAAAGGAACGCUACUUCGACGAAGAAAAAUAUGUCCAUUAUGAGUUCUGAAGGGCCGCCGCUUCGUUCUCAUCCAAGCUCAGAGCUUGAUUACUAUGACAUCGACGACAUACUGGCCACACAAGGAAGAAUUCCAUGUAAACUAGAAGCACAAGUUUAUAAUCUGGGCUUCUUAGAUCCUAGUUCUGAAGGAAGUGAUCUCCAGGCUGGAUCAAAACUCGAGCUUCCAUUUUGGCUGGCGAAAGAACUUUGCAACAGAAGAAGAAAAAUUGUUUCGGUGGACAUUCCUAAAGCUUACAGAGACGGCUACCGAGAGAUUUUUAAAGCCGACGCUAGUGUUGUGGAUCUUCAUCGAUUAGGACCGUAUUUUUACGAGUUUGGAACAAAGUUGCUGCUUUUUGAUUUUGAAGAAAAUUCCCAAAUGGCUACUUCCAUGCAGGAGACAUUCAUGAAGAGAUUUAGAAAAAUAAUGGAUUCAUCUCAGAAUGCUGCAAAUGAGGAUACCUCCUUGUUAACAAACAAGCUGGAGCACAUUGAAAGACAGGUGUUCACUGCAGGACGUAAGGGAGUGAAAGAAUUUCUUCAGUGGGAGGCUGGCAGAACAUCCAAACUUACAACAUCAGAGAAUGUGGUCAACCAUAAAAAACGCAAAAGGUCUAUGAUUGAGUGAAAUUUCACACCAGGCUGGGUCAACAAAGAGGUUUGGACAAUGCCCUAGAUUUACUGUGUUCUUAAUUGUACAAUUGUGAUUUAAGAAGAAAGUAUACCCAAGAGAGUACGUUAUUCUAUAUCUCCCCACUUAAAUAUCUGAAAUUGACUUUGAAAGCAAGAAUUUUGUCUUUUUACAAGAUAAGGCCUAUAAGCUGAUAGGUUUUUCUGUUCUUGUUACCUGUUAAGUGGAUUAAGUAUAAGCAUAGAGAAGAGAAGUUAUACCAGUAUGUAAUUUUGGUCCAUGAGGUAGAUGGUUAACUUAUGUCCACACCUUUUGAUGUACUGUUCUGUCCUCUUUUUUUUUAAAAUGAGUCUGCUAAUUUAUUUUUUGCAGCCUAUUAGAUUUAAUAUACUUUAUUUCAUUCUUUCCCUCACUUUCCUUAAAUUGAUUUACUGUAAAUGAAUACGAUUAACAACUCUACCAUGGGAUCUGUAUAUGUUUUUGGCCAAACACAUCUUGAGAAACUAAGGAAUUUUUUGAAAAUCACCUAUCAGCUGUAGCACCAUAAUAACUAAAUGUGAAUAGGAUGUAACUUGGAACCAUCUGCUUAUUUUUAGUAGACUUUUAUUGAACACAAACUUGUUUUAAACAAAACACUCUCUUGUAACAAAUAACAAUUAUUAGAAAUAUCACACGAAUCACAUACUGUCAACACCCAAAAGUGGAAUUUAUAAAUCUUGAAGUAAAUUUUUUCGUGAAUAUCUUAUGUACUGUUAUUUAAAUUGAUCAUUAUUCAUUAAUAUAGACACUACACUAGUUCUAGACAUUGAUAUGAGUUUUCUUUUAGAAUCUAAUUUUUACUUACUAGCUUUAAACCCUCUAACCCACAAGAUCUCAGGGGUAAGUCUUCCUACUGUCUACCAUGCAAUUCUAACUUAUAAGAUUAGUUCAGAUAAUUUGGUAUUGAAUCAACUAAGAAUUCCCUAAUUCAUAUUAUUCUUUAUUCCUUUUACUUUUCUGCUUAAUAUUGUUUCAAUAUCGUAAGGAGAAAUUCCUUCUUGGUCACUUGGGGAGUUGAAGGUUUAAAAAGACUUACAAAUCUUACUUUAUUGUGAGCUCACAACUACAUUUUGGUUGGUAUGGAGGUUGAUUAAGGAACAAGUCAGAUAUAUUAAUUCCUCUACAAGAGACAUGUCAACAUGUCUCACUUUUUCAAUCUUUGAUCAGCUGAUGAUUUGAAGUUGAGAAUGUGGUACAGAAAUGCCUAGCUUCUUUGAGGGUAAAAUUUCACAGACCACAACAUCACCAACAAAUUGACCUUAAUUUUCUAUUUUUACUACACUACUUCUAUUGGUCAUAGAAAUGACAUAAACAGUGUUCAAAUCUCUAAAUACAGCUUUGCUCUGGGACUCUGCCCUCAAACUACUCAUAAACAAAUACAUUUUCUCCCAACUAGCCAUCAGCAUGAAACAGGAUUGGCAUCUUAAAUUUGCAAUUAGUUUGUAAGGUUAAAGUAGUUCUAAGAAAAUUCAUCCUUUCACUCCCAAGAUCUAAUUUCAAUUCUCCACAUUAUCUGCAAUACAUUUUUUAUGUUUCAGAUCUGAUUAUUUUUUGUGAAAUCAAAUUAUAAGCCUUGAUUGAAAUUUUCCUUCUUCUCAUCACCUUUCUCAUGGAAAAUGUAUAGAUAUGAAAAGGUGAAAUUCACUGUUGGUCAAUCCUGGGAGUGAAAGGGUUAAAUUUCAUCAACUCCUUCUUUACAAUCACAAUUUAAUAAAUUUAACAGCUUCAACCUAGGUUCACUCAUGGGUAUCUUACCACCAAUUGUUUUGGAAUGAGCUAUUUAGCUAUAGUUAACAAUAAUAUUUACUUUAUUGUUCUACAAUAACUUAAAAAAAAUAACUCAUUAUUUUCCUCUCUAAACACCAAUGAACAAAUAUAUUGCCCCUCAUCAAAAAAAAAAUAAUAAUAAUAAAUAAAAUAUACACGACUGUUUAUGGAUGACAUGGUCAUUCUUUACAUGAAAGCGAUCUUCACAGUACUGAAACAGUAUCUUUCAUGAAGAUUGCUUUCAUAUUCAUUUCUUAAACUGCAGUUCACACAUAUGAUUUCAUAUAUUCAUGGUCAAUGGUCAAUGUGUUUUUACAAAGCUCACCCAAUCCAUUGUAUCUUGGUCCUUGUUUACUGCCAAUAGUAAAUAAAAAUGUCAGUUAAGAUAAAUGAUUACUGCUGUUGAAGAGGUUCUUUCCAAAAUAUUAUUUGAAAUUACUUUUUGAAUAAAAACACACUUUUAAAUUGGA